UCUUGCGGAAGAAGAAAAAUCAAAAAUAUUAUAAUUUUCCAUCAAAAUCAUUUUCCUAGAAGAACCCAUAGACCAUCAGCCAAACCAUAAGUUCUAAAAAUAUCCCGCGUGUAUCGAAAUCUUAAGUACGCCGCGUACUCGUAUGCAUUUUUACGUUACAUCUCCUGGCGACUUUUAGCCUCUGGCAAUGUUCAUAAUCUCGUUUUUUGUUGUUUGUUUAUUUGAAAAAAUAUUAGAAUAGUUUUUCACUUGAAAAUAAUUGAUUUAUUUUUUUUUUUGUGUAAAUAAACUCACAAGUCAGUGAAAGUGAUUACAAACGAUAUCAAGACGCCCGCAUAUUUCCCUGAGAAUAGAAUAUACCUAUAUCAUCCCUCCCCCUAUUGUGUUUUUCUUAUUGUUGUUGUUGUUCUUUUUGUGUCUUGUACCGCUCGUGCUGCUGCCGCCGACCGUGAUGAACUAUUUUUGUGCAAAUGGAUUUGCUUAGUGCCACAACGAACAAUCUCUACGGCUGGUUCACCUCACUUAUACGUCGCCGUGGUCGCUAUAAAUCCAUUUCGCUUGGAUCAAGUCCAGAAAGGGAUGUGGAAACCCCACCGCCACAAGCGAGGAACGUCGAAAUAAUACCAAACCUCACAUUUGUAACCAGCCAACCCGACAUUAAUCAGAAUGCCAGAGCUGGUCCAUCAACAUCUCGUUCAAGAUCCGAACAAAGUAAACCUCCAACCAAAUCCCUGAAUCAAACAGUUGUCAUCGAAAUGGAAGCUAUCAAAAGUUUGACCACAACCACAACGAGUGAAGACAUAAGCAUCGAAGAAGAAAUCGAAGAAGCAAUUUCGGCAGGGAGUAGCUUGGGUUUGAGUGAAGCCCGAGGUGGAGUCGGCGAUGAUAUAGCAACGAAGAGGAGGAAUCUCUUUGGACUGGAAGGCAGUGAGGACGAGAAGAGCUUGCAAAAGAAAAAGAAGAUCAGUUCUUCCUCUUUGAAAGACGAUGACCUAAAACUCAAUAAAAUCAAAAAAGACGAAGUGAAAGACAGAAGUCUCACCAAAGUAGACGCUACUGAGGAGAGAGAUAGAAGAAAACCCAAAGACGAAGAUCACGAUGACGAAGAAGACGACGGACUGUUUAAGAUCGAUGAUGACCAACUAUCUGGAGGAAAGAUAGCACAACAUUUUGUUCUAGAGCUUUCUCGAAAGAGCGAACAUAUUGACAAAACUUUCGACAAAGAAGAAAUCGACGACAGAAGUCUCACCAACCAAAGUACAGCCAACGAUGUCUCGGAGAUAAUUGAUGAAAUCUCCUUGGAGAUACAACAAACUUCAAGUUUGCCCAUAAAACCAAGUCCACUUGAAGUCGAACCAGAACAUCGGAAAUACAAAAGCCUUGAAAUUUCAAUAAAUUCCACAACUCAAGAUGAGAGUCUGGAAUCAAUGCAUUCGGAGAAGGAUUAUUCGGUGGGAGAGGAGAUGGUUCACGUCAAUCAGUCACUCAAUAUGACCUUUGAGGAUCGAAAUCUAAGCUCGCUCAAUCCGAGCCUGGCGAACAAUGAGAGUUUGAUUGACAGGCUGCUGGCUGGAACACCACUGCCAGAGCAGAAUUCCUCCUCGUCCUCGAGUCGUGAAGAUGACUUUGAGGAGAUGAAACAAAAAAUUUUGGCCUUGACACAGUCGUCACAGAUGGCGAAACCUUUGCCGCUGGAUCAACAAGUUGCUACAGAAAUUGUAGUCAAACAAAUGGAACGUGUGCCCAGCGAAUUCAGCAAAGAUGUCCUCGAGGAUAUCACAGAGGAGUCAGAGAAGCAAUAUUCUUUGUCACCAUCUGAUGACAACCUACGGAGGCAGCCUUCGCCGAGUGGAGCUGAUGCACCUCAUGGUUCUCCAGUCAAUUCACUCCAUGGAGAUUUAACCUUGACCGAAAGGCAAGAGAGUUCGUUAAAGAUUGACGAUGAGAGUAUUGUCAGCUUAAAAAUGAUCCAAAUGCUCGAGGAGAAGGUUUCUGAACUCAAGAAUAUUGUGGAUGCGAAGGAUGCUUGUUUGGCCUCACUCACAAUGCAAUUGGACUCAGCUCAACGUCGAGAGUCGACAUCAAAUGCCGAGCAAUUGCCAUCUGGAAGGGAAUCCAGUAGCUUGAUGACAACUUCGACGGAGUACAGAACCUUACAGGAAGAAUUUGGAUGUGCGACAAUGGACUUUUAUGCGGAGCUCACAAAGCGUGAUGAGUUGAUCUCGAAAUUAAAUGAUUCGCUUCAGCAAUCACUGCAAUUCCGAGAGAAUCUUCAAACAGAAAGUGAAAAACUCACCACAGAAGUGCAGCUUCUGCAAAAGCAACUUUCCGAGGCCUUAGAGAACUCCCGAAGACCUGUUGGUUGGCCACGUGAUCAAGAGAGCAAUGGGGGACAGAGAAUUUCAGAAAUUUCCAUCGAUCUUGUUAGUGAGAGUGACGAUGAUUUCGAACGUCACUAUUUAACGGAUAACGAAGAUAAAACUUCACGACAUUCGAGAAAUUCUCGUGAAAGACAAGCAUCGGUGCCGAGAACUUUUGAAGCAUUCGAUUUUGGAGAGUCGGAAGUUCAACCGAUUAGCAAACAAAUUGAACAAUUCAAAAAGUAUCUAACUCCCAAUGAGGUGCGAUUGUUUUUCAUGGUUCAAAAGAAAUUCGAUGAUUUCUUAAGUCAGGAAUUGGAAAAAUUCCGCAUGAAGUACGAUGGCGAAGUGAAGAUUUUGACUGAUCAAAUGACCUCGGAGAAGGUUGAGCGAGAUGCGGAGAUAAAUCGACUUCGUCAAUUGCUUACAAGUGUGAAGAAUGGAUCCACCGAAUUGAUGCAACUACGGCACGAAAUGGAUGCGGUGCAUGCAAAGGAGAUGGAAGAUUUGAGGCAGUAUUUUGAGAAGAAGUGUGCCGACUUAGAGAAACAGUAUUCAGAUGAAGUAUUUUCACAAAAGAGUCAAAGGCAUGAUUGCAGCUCUUCGGAGGCAUCUGAUCAAGAAAUGAUGCCAGAGGAAAUUGCAACUAGAUCAAAAGAAUCGAGUCCAAGGAAGAAGACAAAAGCUGAAUUGCUCUCUAGUCCUAGUCAUAGACAAUUGACACCGAAUCUGCUGGAAAUGGCAACUAGUGGUGGUGGUGAUUCGGUAGCAGUUGAUGCCAAUGCUAAUGACGUGAAAACUAACAUCGAUGAGCUGAAAACAUUUUAUCAAGCAAAAAUCAAUGAAAUCAAUAAAUCUCACGAGGACACAAUUCGCAAGUUAAAUGAAAAACUAAAACACUAUGAAAGCAAAUUUCCUUCCGAAGAUGAUUUUAUGGAAGCAAAACCAAAUACUCCUCCAAAAAGUCCUAUCGUACCCAACAAAUCUCCUCCAACUUCUCUAAUAAUUAUCGAUCAAGAUGAACUUAACAACGAAGAAAGCCAAGUUAUACAAAAAAUCAUUGGAGAAUAUGAUCGUCGUUUGCAAGAACAAGUUACUUUAGCUCGUGAGGAUAUUGUUCGUGAGUUGGAAAAUCAAAUUCAGGCUCUUUUAUCAGAGACAACAACCGACGAUCACAAUUGGCCACCAGAGUUAAUUUUGCUUCGGGAAAAGUUCACGGCAAAAAGUCAACUAGAGAUAGCCCAACUGCAGAUUAAACAUGAAGAAGAGAUGUCGCGACUAAAGACUGAAUUUGAAAAACAAUACAACCGAAAGGUUAAGCGGAAUUCUGCAUUCGAUCUCAGUCGAGACUUCGAUCAGAUUGUCUCUGAACGAGAUGGAUUGAGGGAGUUAUCAAAGACCUUGCGGUUAAUUCUUGCUGAGCUCAUGAGAAGUGUCAAUAACUGUGAAGAUGAUCUCAAUGCAACUUUACUUGAUGAGGUCCAAAGGAUCAUGGCAAAUCGGACAAUAGACGGCGGCGGCGAUGACCAUGAUCUUAAUAACUCCCAGUUGAAUAAUUGUUCGAUGCUUUCGAAGAGAGUUCGUUUCGCUCCUGAUGUUUCGGGUCUACUUGAUGUCGUUGAUGAUCCGCAUUUGAUUAGUUACGUUUCGUCCAAAUCGGUGGGUAUAUCGAAUUCAGCCGAUUUGGUGGAUGACUUCGAUUUGAAUGAAUGCCUGGAGCGUUUGAAAUCUGAAGCAGUUUUUCUGCUCGAGCUCUCUGAAGAAAUCCAAAAGAAGAACGAACGCAAGGCCAGCGAAUCGAGUGGAGCUGAGAAAGUCGAUAGCUGCGAAGAGGAUGGCAUGAAGAACUAUUCGUUUGUGAGGGCGAGUUCAUUCAACGAAAACAUAUGGCAGAGCAAAAAAGCUACUAGCCAACAGCUUCUUCUAUCCCUGCCGCCAGACCUUAAUCGUGUUCAUGCAUUAAACGAAUCUCUUGACGACUUCAGUUCAUCCAUUGCUGCUAGUGAAUUGAAUUUCCAAUUCCACGAGUUCAAGAAUCGUUUGGUUAAGGCCGAGAAUGAAAGAUCUCGGAUGCAACACGAACUAGAAUUGGCCAUACAGCGAAAUAAAGAACUUAGUGCUCAAGUAAUUCAGCUCAGAGAUCAGCUUCAAAAUAUGGAUUUACGUGAAGAUUAUCAAGGUUACGGAUUGGGUUUGAUAAAAAGCCCACAAAGAAUUGAAGAUGAGAAACCCACGACAUCAUUUAUCCAACUGCAGGAAAAAGCCCGUCAUAUUCUAAGCAGUCCAACUCAACAAUCUAACAAUGCAACAUCGACACUUCUACAAAUGAUUGAAGAUUUCUGUCGGGAAGGUGAUAAGGUUGUGGAAAAUGGCAAAAGAGAUCGUGAUGACUUGCAGUCGCAGAUCGAUACCGCUGACAAACAACUUAAAGCAACUCGUCAAUUCCUCGAGGAUCAAGCUGCUGAACGUGAAUUAGAACGCGAUGAAUUUUUACGUGAAAUUGAAAAAUUAAAAACAUUAAUUCGUGAUAAAGAAAAGGAGAGGAAUUCCUUUGAGAAUGCCUCAAAAGAGAAAUACAAAAAUAUUUUUCGGAAUACUGUGGAUAAUUUGGAACAACAAAUCAAAGAUCUCACCCACAAACUCACAGAAUGCUCAACAAAAAAAGAUAAAUUCGAAGUUGAAUUAAAAGCUUCCAUUGAUAAGAUUUUUGUUUUGCGUGAGAUUAUUUCUGAAUUGGAAACACAGGUAGAGACGAAGGCGCUCAAUGAACAUUGUCUGGGAGAGAAAAUUCAGGAACUUGAAACAUAUAUUGGAUCACAAAAUCGAUCUAAUGACACUCUUCAGAAGGAAGUUCAGAGCUUGCAAAAGGAAAUCGAUCAAGGUUAUCAGGAAAAAAUAAGGCAAUUAGAGGAGAAGUUACAGAAUACCCGCCCUUCAUUGGAGCAGGGUGUGUUUAUGGAUCAAAUAGUUGAGCAGCUUCGCGACAUCGAAAGCACACUCGAUCAAAAGACCAAAAACCUAGAAAGCCUUCACCAUUCAUCAUCGUCUGUGUCGUGCAACAGCAAUCCCAUCGAAGAUGUUUCCGUUCAAGGCAAACCACUUGCAAUGGCUAGCGCACUAGUUUCGCCACCACAAGGCUCACCUGUUCAUCCCUCACCGCGUGCCCAAUCCCUGCCAAUCGAAGGUCUCCAGCGUGUAUUGGAGAAACUCUCCAAACACACUCGCAUGGAAGAGGCUGCAGUCAAACGGAUACGUGAUCUCGAGAUGCAAGUGUCAAAUAUUCGCUCCAAUUGUUUGGAACUCCAGCAUGAGCGUGAUUCACUUCAAGAGAAGAUGUCAGAGCAGAUGCAACGCAUAUCAGCACUGCAGUCCCGUCUGGAGGAACAGCGCCAUCGGGCGGAAGAACUACAACGCCAGGGAAGUAGUGAUCUGAAUAUUCGUAUCCACGAUUUGCAGAAUGAGGUGCUGAAUUUGAAGGAAACCCUGGGGACACGGGACAAACAAGUGGCCAACCUUAAGAAUCACCUGGAGAAAAGCAAAGCGGCCAUAGACCGUUUGGAGGCUGAGCUAGCAGUUGGCUCGCACAGUGACCGAAGCCUGGUAGAACGCUUGGAAGGUGAAUUGAAGAUGAAAAACGCUGAAAUUCAGCAGCUGAAGGAGAAGAUUAAAUCGCAGAUGAUCAACAAGCUGGCAUUGCCUGAUCUUAUGGAGACAAUGCUUGCAGAUAAGAACGAUGAGAUUGACCAUUUGCGAGAGCAGUUGGAGAAGAAGGAGAAAGAGUUGCAGGGAGUUUUGGAGCUGAAUCUUAGUGAGGCCUCGAAUAAGACAAAGAAUGAAGGUGGAGCAAAGGUGAGUGCACGAACCCUCAGCGACAUUGUGUCGAUAUCCGAGUACGAUGAGCCUGAUGUCAUCCGUCGGGCUGUUGUUGAUGUCGAUACUCCACUUAUGCUUCCCGAGGGAAUGAGGCAGGGUGAGCUGACUAUUGAUGCCUCGAAAGAAGCUAUAGCGAACCUCACCGAGAAGCGCACGGGUGAUUUGGCUGUAUUCAACUCACUCCACCCGGCGAGGACGUUCGAACAUCCUCACUACUUCCAAGACCCAUCACUGCUGGCCAAUAAAACUGGAAGCACAAUAACCCAAGCGAUAAUUCCUCGACACAUUAACUUCUCUGAAUUUGGUGACGAUUCGAAGAUCAAAGAAUCCACGCCCAAGGUGACAGAAAACGAAGGAAAGACUCUUGCGGUCCAACUCAAAGCGGCUCAGUUGGAGGUGGAAGAGUUGAGAGCCAAAAAUAACCAAAUGGAAAGUGAAAAAGUGUCUGAGAUUGAUCGUUUGUCAAAAGAACUAGUGGAGGCCAUUAAUCAACUUCAGGAGCUUAAACAAAGCAGACUCAAACUUGAGAGUGAGAUCGCUGAACUGAAAAAAUCAUUGCAGAGACGUGACCAUGACUUUAAAACACUCGAGGAAGACUUUACGGAAGUUCAACUUCGCUUGGGUGCUGCUCAAGAUGAUUUGGAGAAGAAGACCAAGAACGAACAAAACCUUCAAUCGGAAAUAACUGCCAAAUCCAGUCAAAUCGAUGAACUCCAGCGUGAAACCAAAGAUAAGUCUGAACUUCUUACAAAACAUGAAAAGAAUCUUGCCAACUAUCAACAAAACGAAGAGAAGCAUCUUCUUCGCUUAGCUGAAUUGGAAGAUAAAAUUCAAUCCUUGUCAGAGAAUUCCAAGGAAGCUGAAAAAACAGCCGAAGAACUCAAUUCAGCUCGCGCUGAGCUAGCUGAAAAGAUAAUUUUGUAUGAAAAAUCAGUUCUUGACAUUGCUGACUACCAGAAACAGUUAGACUUGUCUAAGUCGAACCUCAAAUCCAAAGACAGUUCCAUUGAAGAACUGAAUGAGAAAUUAUUGGCGAGUGAAAAACGCAUUACUCAUCUCGAAGAACUCAAUUCAGCACUCGAAAAGGAAAUCGAAAAACUCCGAACGCAAACUAGUGAGAGCUCGAAACCCUUUUCGCUGGAUGAGAUCGCCCAACAGGUCGAGAAGGAGCUCAACUAUUCGGCGCAGUUAGAUUCAAAUAUUCUCAAGGCAAUUGAGAGUGAGGAGGAAAACAACUUCGAUGUGCACACGAAGAAUGACAAUGAGAAGUUAAUUGAACGGGAUCUCCUCAACCAAUUAGAAACUUUAAGAGCGCAAUUUGAGUUGGAGCGGCAACAUGCUGAUGAGAUGCGAAAGGAACUCAUCGAAGAGAAACAACACUCCCAAGACAUCCAAGAACAGGAUGUCGCUAUCAUUGAAGCCAUGAGAACGCGGCUAGAAGGUGCUCUCGCCAAAGAAGAAGAAUUGCAUAAACUGCUCGAUGAUGAGCGUGAUAAAUGCGAAAGACUGAUGACACAAAUAACCGUCUUCCAAAGGUCUGAGGCGCGAAAAUCUAGUGCCUUACUAAAGUCUCCCUCCGAUUCACCAAGGAAGUCUCCAAGAGUAAGUGACUUCGAAUCCGAGCUCGCUGACCGUCUGCGAAGUGAAAUCAAACUCCUGAGUGCUCAAAACGAACGUGAAAGAGAACGUGCCACCGAUCUUCAGAGGAAUCUUGAGCGAGAGAGAAGUCGCUUCGACACUGAGCUCAACGAUCGCAUUGAAUACAGUGAACGUCUGAAGAAGGAAAUGGAAAAAGUAGCGCGAGAUAAAGACAUGGCCGAACAGGAAGUUGAACACCUCCAAGAACGUCUCACCUUGCAGUCACAGGAGAUCGAAAGUCUAGAGGCUCGAAUCGCAACUCUCCAAGAAGCCGAAACACGUCGUGCCAAUCGAAGGGAUCGCCAACGAGUUGAAAACACUCAAAAUGCGGUUGAGCUUCAGGAACUCAAAGCCAAAAUUCUAGCAUUGGAGUCCGAGAGAGAUCAUCUUAACCAGACAGUGGCGCUAUUACGCUAUGACAUCGAACGUGGUGCUCAACGUGAGGCUAAACUAGCAGAGGCUGUCUCAAAUUCCAAUGCCGAGGGAUCAAUUCCCCAGCAGUUUAUGCAAAAAAUGAAGGAAAUCAAUAAUCUGCUGGCAGAGAAUACCAAAGAAAACCGACAAAUGACAGAAACAGUACAAUUCUUGGUCGAAGAACGAAGAUCACUCCAGAAGAAGUGCGAAGAACUUGAGAGUCAAUUGGGAAACAACACCAAUGUUGCGGAGUUGGAAGAAAGAGCAAACCACUUGCUCGGCAGGUACCUGAGGGUGGAGUCACAUCGAAAGGCGUUGGUCUACCAGAAGCGCUAUCUGAAGAUCUCCCUGCAAAGCUAUCAGGAUAGUGAAGCUCAGAUGAUCGCUCAGUUACAUGGAGGAGCUCAUUGUCUGGCCCAGAAGAAACGAAGGAGAUUUAAGACUGUGGCUCUUGCUAUCAUCGCCAUCCAACGGAUGAAAUUCAUCGGAAGACUGUGGUUCACAGGAAAACGGAUCGUCUCCAAAUCAGUAUUUACAAUCACACAGCAAAAACGAACUCAGCCAAUUGCGAUCGCGUCUGCAUCUACAUCACCACCCUGCCGCGAUACACCAUCCUCUCAACAAAGUCCAUUCAGUCUCACCGAAAUGCCUCUGGGACGACCUCUGCAGGCACCCGGGAUCAUAGCUGAUGCAGCACAAAAGUUCGACUGGUCACGCAUGAAACAUAAGCGUUCUACAAAAACAGCAACAUUUGAUUAAUGACA